AUAAUGUGAAGGAACGAAGAUUAUGCUUUGAAUGGUUCUAAACCAAAGCAAGGAACUACUAGUUAAGUGCAGACGAGUUAAGGGAUUCAGAGAUCAUGAGAGUACAUGUAGAAUCUCUAAUAUCUUUAGUGUUUUGGAAAUUUUGGAAUCUGUUUCUCUAUUAUAAAUACAUGAUUUUACUUUUGAUCUUCACAACAACACAAGCCUUUUAGCAUUCAAUCCAAACCUCAAUCACUUUCAAACCAACAAAAUCAAACACCAUUCGUUUCAUUUUUCUUGUCUUUUGUUCCCUCUUUGUUCUUUCCCACACACACCCUUUCAACUCACCGAGAACAAAAAAUGGCUGAACGUGUACUCUUCAAUAUUGCGGAGGAAAUAGUAAAGAAACUGGGUCCACUAGCUACCCAGGAGGUUGCACUGUGGUGGGGUGUCAAAGAUCAGCUAAGCAAGCUCAUGAGCACGGUUACCAGAAUUAAGGGUGUCCUCCACGAUGCUGAGGAGCAGGUGCAGAAACCACCCGCUCAACUUGAAGAUUGGCUCGGGAAGCUGCAAGAAGCGGUCUAUGAUGCUGAAGAUUUGCUGGAUGAUUUCUCAACAGAAGUGCAGCGAAAAAGAUUGAUGUCCCGAAAUAAAAUAUCGAGGGAGGUACGUACAUUCUUCUCAGGGUCAAACCAACUUGUUUAUGGUUGGCAGAUGGGUCAUAAAGUUAAGGAACUUAGGCAGAGGCUAGAUGAGAUUGUUUCUGAGAGUGAAAAAUUUCACUUUGAGGUUCGUUAUGAGGAGAAAGCUUCUUUGACUAUGAUUAGAGAGGCAACUACCUCGUCUGAACCUGAGAUAUUUUUCGGGAGAGAAGAUGAAAAAAAGAAAGUUAUGAGCUUUCUGUUGAAUCCCAACGAUGAGAUUGAGAGUGUUUCUGUCAUCUCAAUAGUUGGAAUGGGCGGGUUGGGAAAGACCACAUUUGCCCAGAGUAUUUUCAAUGAUGUACAAGUUAAUUUGCAUUUUGGUCAGAAACUCUGGGUCAGUGUCUCGGGUGGUUUUGAUGUCAAAAAGAUACUGAAAGAUGUAUCAGAGGCUGCAGGUAUUAGUCAAGUUUCUGAUCGGUUAGAGAGUCUGAAAAAUGAACUUAAGGAAAAAAUAGAAAAUAGAAAAUACCUGCUUGUAUUAGAUGAUGUGUGGGAUAAUAAGGAUGGUCGAGAUGGUGAAAAGUGGGAUAGUUUGAAGCAGUCCUUACCACAUGAGGCUGAUAGAGGAAACAAGAUGAUAAUAACUACACGUUCUGAUACAAUUGCAAAUUUAACAAGCAAAAUACCACUUGCGUUAAAAGGCCUUUUUGAAAAGGACUCGUGGUCUCUUUUCUCAAACAAGGCUUUUGGUCCAGGUCAAGAGUCAAAUUAUAUAGACGAAAAAAUAAAAAAAGAGAUUGUAGAGAGGUGUCAGGGAGUUCCUCUGGUCAUAAAGACAAUUGCGAGGUUAAUGUCUUUGAAAGAUAGAGCCCAGUGGUUGUCCUUUAUCAAACGAGAACUUCCAAAUAGGGUCAAAGAUGAUAACAUCAUAGAUACCCUUAAGUUAAGCUACGAUCCUCUUCCAUCAUAUUUGAAGCACUGCUUUGCAUACUGUAGCUUAUUCCCAAAAGGUCAUAGGAUUGAUGUGAAGUCAUUGAUUCAACUUUGGAUUGCACAAGGGUUUGUUAGCUCUUCAAAUUCAGGUCGUAGGUGUAUUGAGAUUGUUGGUCUCAAGUGCUUUGAGAGUUUACUGUGGAGGUCCUUCUUUCACGAAGUGAAAAAGGAUGGUUUAGGUAACAUACAAAGUUGCAAAAUGCAUGAUUUUAUGCAUGAUCUUGCAACCCAUGUCGCUGGUUUUCAGAGCAUCAAAGUGGAGCGUGGAGGAAAUAGGAUUAGUGAAUUGACUCGGCACGUGUCAUUGGACCCGGAAUUAGAUUUGUCUUUGCCUUGUGCAAAACAUCUAAGAACACUUGUAUUACUGAAAGAUGGCGAAUGGGAUGAGGGGUCAUGGAAUUCUAUUUGUCGAGACUUUAGGCGUUUACGUGUGCUUGUUUUGAGUCAUUUGGAAAUGGAGGAAGUGUCACCUCUCAUUCAAAAGCUCAAGCAUCUGAAAUAUCUUGAUCUUUCGAAUAAUGAGAUGGAGGCGCUUUCUAAUUCUGUCACCAGUCUGGUAAAUUUGCAAGUGCUCAAGCUCAAUGGUUGUUUGAGCCUUAAAGAACUACCUAGAGAUAUUAGUAAGCUAAUUAAUAUGAGGCAUCUUGAUGUUGGUUGCUAUCGUGAUGUCAUUGACCGUACGGUGGGACCCAGACUUGGAUAA